GCUGAAAGCCUAGAGGGCUCUACACUGCAAGUCAUCUCAUCUAAUUUGUACUAUUCAAAUCCUGGCUGUAGUUCAUAUUCCAGCAGAGGAACUAUAAAGUAUCUCCACGUCAAAAACCAACAAACAAGCAAAGACACUCGUUAGAGUGUUUCAUACGGCUGAUGUUUAGAAAGAAGAAAAAGAGCAAGUACAAUGCAAAUACAAGCAAAUUACUACCAGUUGGGGCAUUAGACAAGAAGUCUAUAUAACCUUUUAAUAAGUUUUACAAGUUUUGACAAAUGUAUAUAGUCAUGAGACCACCACCAAAAUCAAGACACAGAAGUUUCAUCAGCCACAAGAAUUCUCAGUUCAAAGAGAAAAGAUACGAUAACUGCAGCAGAAAUUUUCAGCAUUUCCUGGUGAAAUGGGUGAUUAAAGAGACACUAAAGAAUGAGGAAGAUUAAGCAAAGAAUUGGGUGAGAGAUGGGAAAGCCUGAACUAAAAGCAGAAAGCAGCACUUGAAGAGUCCAGGUGAUCAAGCAGCCCAAGAGCCCAGAGAUUCUCCUAUUGAGGAAGGUAAUCAACAACAAUGACACGGUUUAAGUGAGAAGACAGCAAAGAGGUUUUUUAUAAAUAAAACUUUAAAAACUGAAUUGGAAUUCCAACUACAUUUUAAGCAGAAAAGUAGCUAGAUCUUAAACCAAUCCCCAGUGUAUUUGUUCAUUGUGAAGAAAGAGAUGCUUUCAUCUGUCUACAAAGAUGUUUGCUUGGGCUUGUUCUUCAGGAUACCUUAUUUGAAGGGAUUUCCAAAUGAUUACUAUUAACAACAUGUCAAAAUACCUGAUACCAGUUUAGCUGAUGGUUUAUUUCAAUAAAAGAAUUCAGAAAUCAGAGGCAUACUAAGAGAUGGAGAAGAUAUCAUAUUAUGGGAUUCCUAUUGGCCAAUGCACAGUGACCUAGAACAAUCCAAAGUCAGAGUGAACACCUUUAGAAAAGCUUCCACUGAUAAUAUAUUUGGUUCUAGGCAACUAAAAAAACACAUCAUGGAGCUCCGGAACUCCACCUUGGGAAGCGGCUUCAUCUUGGUGGGGAUUCUGAAUGACAAUGGGUCUCCUGAACUGCUCUGUGCUACAAUUACAAUCCUAUACAUGUUGGCCCUGACCAGCAAUGGCCUGCUGCUCCUGGCCGUCACCAUGGAAGCCCGACUCCACAUGCCCAUGUACCUCCUGCUUGGGCAGCUGUCUCUCAUGGACCUCCUGUUCACAUCUGUUGUCACUCCCAAGGCCCUUGUGGACUUUCUGCGCAGAGAAAACACUAUCUCCUUUGGAGGCUGUGCCCUUCAGAUGUUCCUGGCACUGACAAUGGGUAGUGCUGAGGACCUCCUACUGGCCUUCAUGGCCUAUGACAGGUAUGUGGCCAUUUGUCAUCCUCUGAAAUACAUGACCCUCAUGAGCCCAAGAGUCUGCUGGAUCAUGGUGGCCACAUCCUGGAUCCUGGCAUCCCUGAUUGCUAUAGGACAUACCAUUUACACCAUGCACCUCCCUUUCUGCAUGUCCUGGGAAAUCAGGCAUCUGCUCUGUGAGAUCCCACCCUUGCUGAAGUUGGCCUGUGCUGACACCUCCAGGUAUGAGCUUAUAAUAUAUGUGACAGGUGUGACUUUCCUCUUGCUCCCCCUUUCUGCCAUUGUGGCCUCCUACACACUAGUCCUGUUCACUGUGCUUCAUAUGCCAUCAAAUGAGGGAAGGAAGAAAGCCCUUGUCACCUGCUCUUCCCACCUGAUUGUGGUAGGGAUGUUCUAUGGAGCUGCCACAUUCAUGUAUGUCUUGCCCAGUUCCUUCCACAGCCCUAAACAAGACAACAUCAUCUCUGUUUUCUACACAGUUGUCACUCCAGCCCUGAAUCCGCUCAUCUACAGCCUGAGGAAUAAGGAAGUCAUGGGGGCCUUGAGGAGGGUCCUGGGAAAAUACAUGCUGCUGGCACAUUCCACACUCUAGGGAAGGAUCAUGGCUUGCCUCUCACUAUUCCUCCUCCAAAUAAAAUUCUCUACUCACUCAUUCUUCAAUACUAUACUCUGAGAUGAUACACACAUUUUUUAAAUUUUACUUUUAUUUUCACCUGUGAAUCUGGUGCAUACAAUGAACUUGAGUUAAACUCAUUUGGCACACAUCAUCCUGACUUUGGAAACCCAUGUUAUAAAAAUAACCAGUUGGGGGGAAAAGCCUUGAAUGGGUGUUGUAGACUCACUCUGUGGUAGAGCAUCAUCCUGACACAUUACCAAGUAGACAUGGUAGGGGAUUAGCUUUCCAUUUUAACGUCACGUAGCAGUGAGAAGCAGCAGUAGUUUUGGACUGACCAAAUUCCAAUAGCCUCUCAGCAUCAGAGGAGCCUCUCAGCAUCCAAUAGCCUCUCUGCUCCCUUUGAAGCAGAUUCUUAAACUAUUAAUAGAGGGAAGAAUUUUCAGAAAAUAUAUUAGACUUCCUGUUUAUUAAGUAGAUGAUUAUUUGAGCAGUUAGUGGAAAUGAGUAAGAGUUAUGUGACUGCAUUUGUACUCUAGACCUGAGGGAACUUCACGUUGGUUACUUGAGUAAUGAGAAAUAAUUACAUUGAAAGAGUGGGGCCAGGCGCAGUAGCUCACGCCUGUAAUCCCAGCACUUUGGGAGGCCGAGGCGGGCAGAUCACCUGAGGUAAGGAGUUCGAGACCAGCCUGGCUAACAUGUUGAACCCGGGUCUCUACUAAAAAUACAAAAAUGAGUGGGGCAUAGUGGCGGGUGCCUAUAAUCCCAGCUACUCAGGAGGCUGAGGCAGGAGAAUUGCUUAACCCCGGGAGGCGGAGGUUGCAGUGAGCUGAGAUCGCACCACUGCACUCCAGCCUGAGCACAGAGAGAGACUCCGUUUCAAUAAAUAAAUAGAAAGAAAGAAAGAAAGAAUGGAAAAGGAUAAAGAAAGAUAUUUCUACUUGGAAAUUUUGACAGUCUUUCUGAAAAUGGGCAUUUUUACAUUGCCU